GAAGCACCUAACGGGAUACCUGACAGCAUGAAACACCUUUACCGGGUCAUAAUCGAUUUCUAUGAUAAACUCGAGGAUAAGCUUGAGAAGCAAGGAAGGUCCGGUUGUAGCUUCCAUCUUAAAAAAUCAUUGAAAUCAACAGCCAAUGGAUACAUGCAAGAAGUAAACUGGUUGAGAAAGGAUUGCAUUGCUAAAUUUGACGAGUAUAAAGAGAAUGCUAUCUUGUCUUCCGCUUACUAUGCCAUAAUGGGCGUGACAUUCGUGGGAAUGGGAGAUGUGGCGAAACUUGAUGCUUUUGAAUGGUUAAGUUCGCAUCCUAAAAUUAGGAUAGCAGCUGAGAUUAUCUGUCGAUUCACAGAUGACAUUACUAGCUAUGAUGUGAGCACAAACUUCGAGUUUAGAAUCCUAACCAUAUAUAAGUAUAUCCAAGUUUUUCUAAACUAUAUAUACACUUUGAACACAAAAGGGAACAUGUAGCGACGGGCAUCGAUUGUUACAUGAAGCAGUUUUGUGUUUCCAAGGAAUUAGCCUACAUGGAUUAUUCAAUAUUGUUUCAAAUGCUUGGAAGGAGUUGAAUCAAGAGCUAAUGAGGCCUCACUCGUUUCUAUUCCCUUUCUUGAUGCGAAUUCUUAACCUUUCGCGUAUCAUCGAUGUCGUCUACAGGUACGAAGAUGCUUACACCCACCCCGAAUUCUUGAAAGAGCACAUUGUCUCUUUGCUCAUUGAAAAUAUCCCCAUUUAAGAAUUUUUAUUGUGGUGGACUGGUGGAGAUUAUUACAAUCCACGGAAUUUGACCUGAUCCAUUACGCAAUGAUGGCAAGGUAAAUUUCUCAUAUUAUGGUAGUUGAGCUAUGUCGAUCCCACAUAUUAUUUGUAUUUUUUAACCCCUCUUACUUAGUCUGUGUUACUGCUGUAUUUGUACCUAUUUUUAUCAGUAAAUUGUUUUUUUAUAACAUCUUAACUUUAUUAAUUUCAAAUCAAUGUAACAUAUUACAUGAAUCAUAAGAAACAUCAAACAUGUUGUUAUGUUGUUAAAAAGAACAUUUAACAGAGACAGCAGUAACACGAUGCUUCCUAACGCAUUCGUAUGAUAGGCUGAUUCGCUAGCUUUCUUCCACUUCGUUCUUGAUCUUAUAAGAUCUUUCUUUUGGCUCUCAAUUCUUGUGAGUAAAUGCAUUUUUUCUCUAAAAAGAUCAUUGGAUACGAUCCAUCUGUUACAUCGCAAUCCGUCCCUAACACUCCCAAACCGGGAGAUAACAUGUUUAAUUAUACCUGUCCAUGGCGUUGAUAUUCUUUUGCUUUGAAACCAAUAAAGCAAUAACUUCAAACCGU